AUGGCUGACUAUAAAGCUGUAGACCAAGAUUUAACUCCCCUAUUUGUGAGCGAGCAGAAAAGCAUUGUGAAAUCCUGAUGAAGCCUCUGUGAGCUGCAAUAUAUAAGUAACGAUUAUUAUAAUAAAAUCUCUAGCUACUCUAUUAAAUUUUAUAGCAACUUACAUUUAAAAAUAAUAUUCACAUAUUGAAUUCAUAUUUCCUUCAAAUUUGGAUUUUUUUAGAUUUCAAAAAAAACAUAUAAAAAUUUGCAUGCAAAAUUAAAAAAAAUAAAUUUCCCUUAAAAUUUUGCUAAUUCAUAAAGGAAGAAUAAGAGAUGGCCCAGUCAAAGAAAGAAGAUGCACAGAUAUCCUCUGUACUUUCAUUUUCACUGUAUUCGUAGCUGCCAUGAUAGUUAUUGGCAUCUUUGGUUUCAAAAAUGGUAACCCUGAUAUGGUGCUUUACCCUUACGACUCUUCAGGCAACCAGUGUGGGCUUAGCGAUACAGUUACAGCAGACUAUCCUUACCUUUACUAUGUAAAUCCUGACGAAAGUACCAAAUAUACCACUUGUGUCAAAUCUUGCCCAAAGAAUUACACUGAUGUAGUUGAGUGCUAUCCAAAUACAUGGGUUACAAGCUGUGCAUUUACAGCGACCACUAAGGAUGGAGGCAUUUAUGAUUAUGAGCCUUAUGAGUCCAGCUCUGUGCUUGGAAAAGCUUGUCUUCCAAACCCUGAUGCUAUAGGUGGAAAAACUGAAAAGUUCAUGGAUUAUUAGUCUCUAUCUUUUCCUUACCUUCCUUGGUGCAUAUAAAUUUAAUACAAACAGGAUCAUACAUCUUGGUGCCUAAAUUUAAAAAAAUAUGAGAAAAUACAAUAAAUAAAUUUAAUAUAAAUCUUGAAUUUUUAUUUAUAUUCUAUUAGAGAUGGCCAAUAACUAUUAUGAUAUCUGUCGUAAGAGUUAGAAACAUUAAUAUUUUAUCUAUUUUUUGAGGCAUUUGGGUUUUCAUAUAGAUAUUGCUUAAAAGUUUAAUUUUAUAUAAAGAAAAACCUCAUAGAAAAAAAUUAUUUGUUUUUACAAAUCUCCCUCACAAGAUUAUAUUGAAUCUGACCAAUUCACUCAAUAUAUGACUGAUAUUGCUGUCUGCUGGUCUAUGGUGCUUGGUGUACUCGGCAUGGCAAUCGUUAUAUCAAUACUCUACAUGAUAUUUGUCAGAUUUUUCGUAGGAUGUGCAUUAUGGCUCAGUUUUGCAGCAAUCAUCGGGCUAUUUGUUCUAUUCGGACUUUUCCUAGAUUACAGUGCCAAAGAAUACUACGGCGGAGCAGAAAGCACCAAAACAAAUACAGCCCUCAGAAUUGUCGCUAUUUUAUGCUAUAUCAUCGCAGGCCUUUCCUUACUCCUAAUCAUCUGUAUGAGAAAAAGAAUCGAACUUGCUGUAGCCAUCAUGAAAUCUGCCUCCCUCUUCAUUGCAGAUGUCUGGGAAUCUCUCCUCGUCCCAGUCGUUAUGUUUUUAAUCAGCAUACUCACAAUCACUUUCUGGGUUAUCGCUUUAGUCUACUUAUACUCCUCAGGAACUGUCGAAAAAAAAGAAAAAUACUCAGCAAUGGCUCACAUUAAAUUUGACCAGACCUUAAGAAACGCUUUUUGGUUCGAGUUUUUAGGGAUUUUAUGGAUUGAUGCUUUUAAAGUCGCCAUGACUGAGUUUAUCAUUGCUUGUGCUUGCUGCAUUUGGUACUUCAGAGCUAAAAAAGACGAAAGCCCUAUAUGCACUGCGACGAAAUAUGGAAUUUUCUAUCAUAUUGGGUCAGUGGCUUUUGGGUCUUUUAUACUCUCACUCGUAAUUUUGAUUAAAUGGCUGCUGAGGCUUAUUUCAGAAAAAAUUUAUAAGGAAGCUGGGGGUGAUAGCAACCCUGCUUUGAAGUGCUGCUGCAGCUGCUUAAAUUGUUUGGUGAGCUGCUUUGAAAGAUUUGUGAAGUUUUUGAAUACCCAGGCGUAUAUAAGAGUUGCGAUGUCUGGAGAAAAUUUCUGUACUGCAGCUCAAAGUGCGUUUACACUGAUGAUAGAAAAUGCAGCAAGAUAUACAAUUUUAGGAGGUGUAGGGACAAUUCUUAACUUUUUAGGGAAAGUUUUGAUUACUCUGCUUACUGCAUGGCUUGGAUAUGUUAUAAUCACUAAUAUGCUAUCAUUCUUAAUUUUUGAUAUAAUAUACAGUAAAAUUAUAUCAUAUUUUUACAAAAUAUUAAAAUAGACUUUUAUAUUAAUAUAUAUUUUAUAGAUUGUCAGGAUACUGAUUACUACUCAGAAAACAUUUCUUCACCUAUUCCUCCUACCGUUGUGUUUAUCAUUGUCUGCUAUUUAGUAGCUUCACUCUUUAUGAGUGUCUACUCCAUGGCAUGUGAAACCAUUAUCCAGGCUUUCUUAAUCGAUGAAAAAUCAAACGGCACCUCAGUAUAUGCCCCAGAGCCUUUAGUAGAAUUCAUGAAGGAAAACCGUGAAGAAAAAAAAGGAGGCUGCUGCUAA